GCUUUUUAUUUUCAAAGUAUUUUUCCAGCUCUGUAUCAGGAAAGCUGAGGAAGUUCUAGCUUGGCAUACAGAGCGCAGUGGCACAGUGAGUUCACGUGCCUCAUCUGUUGUUCAACCCCAAUUCCUUCCUGCUGUGUGGGGAACAGCAUGCUUUGCCAACAUUUCUGAAGCUGGCAGAUUAAGGUGGUAUCUUGUCUUUGAGAAGCUGCAGUUUGAAGGAACACAGCAGUGCCAGGGCUGGGUUUAAGGGGAAUGCUCUUUAUUGACAUCCCUCAUCCCUCAUGCUGCUUGCCUUCCUUGCUUCACCUCCCUUUUCUCCCCUUGUCUCCAAAAGCUCCAGGAUAAAACCCGUAAGUAAUGAUUGUGCAGAGCAGGGAGGUUGUACAGCACCUGAAGAUUGUGAUCAUAGAACAGGGCAUCUGCUUUAGUAAAACAGGAUCUUCCCAAGCCUUGGUAAGGCUGAGAGGUGGUGGAAAAGCUUCAUUCACUGGGAGGUGAAAAGAAAUCUCAACCUAUAAGCAGCAGGAUGAGGUGUACACGCUCCACCCAGAUACAGAAUGGUGUGGAAGUGAGAAAGGUUGUGUGGGUGAGUUCUGUGUGCAGGGAGCAUCUUCUGGGCUUACUGCUUUGAGUACAGGUAGUGGAGUGUGUGAGAGUCAGUUCAGCAGUGCUCAGAUGUGUGCCCAUGUUUGUGUCCCGAAGCACUAGAAGCUCACGGGGGUGCAGUUUGUGCAGACGUGGGCCUGUUCAGUGAGCCACAGUUGGCACCUUUUGAACUCUGGCCCUGAGCCAGAGCUGUGAGCAGAGAGCAGUGAGCUCAGCCCUUCAGGGACAGUAGGGCUGGGUCAUCCAGCAGCUAGCUGCCUGCUGAGCAGGGCACAGCCCCUGCCGUUGUGAUGAUGUUUCUCAGAGCGUUUCUGUGCAGUGAUUUCUGUUCUCCGCUUGCUUUAGGUCCUUUCUGAGCUGCUUGGCUCCCAUGUGUUUUAAUCUGGCCAUGGUUUGGAGAAAAGAGAACUGCUUAUCUGUAAUUUUUGUUCUCUAAGGAUGGCUUCCUGGUUAUUUCUGCCCCCACACAAACAUUGCCUUCAAAUAAUCGGUUGUUUUUUCAGAUAAAGCUUAAUAGGGACUCCUUAGUAUCUUUCUGCUUUGCUGUUAAACUGACUUUCUCCAGUGUUCAGCUAGGAAUCAAGUGAGCCUAAGUGCAGCUUCAGGCCCUGCUCUAAGGCUCUGUAGCUCUGAUACUAAACUUGUGGGACUUCCAUUCCAGCUCUGGUCAGAAGCUCGUGGCUCAGAAACGGCAUCCUUAAGUUCGGGUGUAUUUGAGAGAACAAGAAUUACAGAUAGACUCCAAGAAAGCGCCGAGGAGGAUCAGCUAACUCUAGGCAAGCUCAGAAACGAAGCAGGCUGAUAGCUUCUACCACAGAGAUGGCUUCAGAAGGAGAGCCAAUAGAACUGGAAGAAAGUGCUGGUGAAGAAGUCGUAGAUCUCACGUGCGAAUCUUCUGAUCCUGUAGUAGUUGAUCUAACUCACAAUGAUUCUGUUGUGAUUGUUGAAGAGAAUCAGCAACGGAGGAGAAAUCUCAGACUCAGAGGCCAGCGGCAGUCAGACAGCUGUGUGCUAAGCAGUGAUGAUGAAGAUGAAGCAAGAGAUAAUGAUGUGUAUGUGACAGAUAAAGUGUCUCGAGAGCUGGGACCACUGGAGGAUGAAACUGCAAGCUCCAAGUAUGUAUGCCUUAUGACCUAACAAACAUUGAGUUUUGCUGUUCUGUACAUGCAGGACUAAUUCAGAUGGUUAUGGUCUGGCUUAUCUUUGAAAUCAUAACUUAGUUUCCACUUCAGAUUAGUACAAAAUAACAUUUCACACAGUGACAAAAUGAUACUGUUUGCACUUCUUGACUGAAAAGCCAACACAGGAAGGAUGUACAGCUUUGCAAACAACUUAUAAGUUAAAGAGAUGUGGCAAGGAAGGAGGAUUAGUGACAAUCUGUGGCUCAUGAUGUAUUGCAUUUACUUCUUGUGCCAAGCUCUUGUAGUGCUGUUAAGGUGUGGAAAUCUUUUUCACUGGUGUAGAUGAUUUGGUAUCACAAGUUCCUAGACCGAAUGAAAUCAACUUCCUUGUCUGCCCUUGUCACAUGGUCACAAGAGAAAUGUGGUCUAAAUAUCUUUGAAAAUAUGUUUUUGGGAGGAAAAAAAAAGCAGAUUCUAAUAAGGGCUGUAAUAUAGGCUUUUGUUGACAGUAGUGCUGUGUGCUUUGGCCAUGCUGUCCAGGCUGUAUUACCAUUAAGUGAUUGUCUCUGACAAGGAAAUAGAUUAAACCAAACUGCAACGGAAGAGCAAUAGAUAACAAAAGAAAAAAAAUCUGUUUUUCUUUGCAUUAUAUAUACUUCCUAAGCACCUACUAGAUACUUUAAAUAUAGUCAAACUUAACAACUGACUUAGAGCAGUUACUGAGGAGGGACAGCUGUUCUUAUCUCUCUGACAAGCUUACAACUUUGAGUAUCCCCAUCUGACCUUAUGGCAUGAGGUACUGGAUCUGAGCCAAGUAAAUGGCAUUUACAGCACAGCUGAUCUGCCUGCUCUAGUUACCAGGGAGUGAAGGAUAAGAAGUUAGCAAAAGAUGUGCCGAUGAUCUCCAAGCUGAAGAGCAAGGG